AUGCGUCGUUUGUUUAUUUAUUCUACAUUCAUCUCGGCGGUCUUUGGCGGAACGCUUCAGAUCAUUGACCAUAAUAACCAAUGUUUUGUGUAUUCCACGGAGAACUUCGACUGCACCGGGAUCUCGGAGUCGUUUGCGCCUCUUGACGGCAUAUCAUGUUCCAAAACCAAAGGCACACACUCCAAUUCAUCGUCGUUUAAAGCCAUACUAUGUGACUCUGAUCAGGGUACCGCAUGGGUUGAGGUACAUCGAAGCGGCUUGAUCAACUUCCAUAAUGAAGAAGGGGAUGCGGCAAGUUGCAAGGUCGCGGAGCCCCUGGUAAAGGGAAGCUUGUGUACCGCCAGCAAUAAAGCAAGGACUUCGACGAAAGACAUUGAAUCCCAACUGACUUGUUUGUCUACCACAACCAUCCAU